ACCUUUGAUCGCUCUAAAAAAAUGAUUGUGGACAUUUGGAAACCUUUGGACUCAUUAUGAGCCACAGAUUUACCUGCUUCCAUCAUACCUCAAAUAUCCUUUAAGUGACGCACAGGUUCAACCCUCUUGGUCCGUCACUCCCAUCAGGUUGUUGCACUUUGAUCCUGGUGGCUUUAAGCAGGAAGUUGGGAAAGUUCUCGGCAGUGUGCGCAAGGAGCUAAUGUUUUUUCUCUGAAUGGUCUUCGAUGAAAAAAUAUUGAAAAAGGAGUAAACGAUGACAGUAAAACAGAGCUGACACUGACAGGUUCAAGUGGCUUCUAUGUUUCAGCUCUUCCACAAAAGACACACUUGAACGGCUUGAACAUGUUUGGAACCGCUGGCCCCUUCUCGUAUUCACCGAGGGCCGUCCUACCCGAUGACCUCCCUCACUCAAGACGACCUUUCCAGCAAGAUGACGUCAAGGUUUCCCCACUGCAAAGGAACGGCAUGUCCAGACCCAGUGGAAAGUCUAUUUACAUGCAGAGAAAAAACUACUCGGAGACGCUGAACAGACAGUCUGAAAACAUCAAUGUGAGAGUGGAGCAUCUGUUUACCUGCGAGCUGGACGGCCAGGCGGUGAGGACGGCGGACGACUGCGUGGCCAAGCUCAAGGUGCUGGACGCCAAAGGUCGCCUGUGGCCCCAGGACAUGAUGAUGGAGCUCCAGGGAGGUUACCUGGUGCUCAGCGACAUUGAGACCAAGGCGGAGCUGGAGUCGCUGCCUUUAAGUUGCAUCGUGGAAACCAAGGCUGUGCUGGACAGCUGUGCCUACAACUCUCUGCUGUUAUUGACGGUGCAGGACCGCGGCAAACGCACCCCGCAGGUCUUUAUGUUCCAGUGUGAGGAGACUGGGGCGGAGCUCAUCAAGACUGAUCUGGACAAAGUAGGCCUCAAAGGAGGCGCCGACGUGGAGCCAUGCAGGGAGCAGUCCGACAUCAGGAGCAACCUGGAGAACAUCAUCGGGCAACAUCCUCCGGGAAGUUUCCGACAGGGUGCACCUCGGUCAGUGCAGCGAGACCCGACCCCGCCACCACUAGAAUACCCGCCCCCACGGUGGGACAGCCCAGAACCAGGAAUCAUGUCUCCUCCAUGGUCCUAUACCCCACAAGAGGAAAUUGUGCCGCCAGCAGAGGGCGCUGCCGAGCAGGAACAGGCUGACAGGAACGCAGAAAUUUUAAACCACGUUAUAAAUGAUUUGGAGAUCUUUGUGGACAAUGUGUCAGCUGCUGUAAACAGACCAGUACCAGCACAAAAAGUCAACAGCAAGAAGAAAAAAAACAAAGGAAAACAGAAAAUUGCAGAGCCACCUCCUGCCGCCCUCUACAAUCUGCCACCUUGGGAGGAAUAUGUCUCCUGUCUUCAGAAAAUCAAAUAUGGAUUCAACCUUCUGGGCGAGCUGGAGAGGACGCUCGCCGGCCCCAGCGCUGCCGACUACGUUCACAUCUUCUUCUCCUGUUUAACCAUGAUAGUGCCGCCGUACCCUGCAGACCUGCCCCCCUCCGUGCUCGCCCCCCUGCUGACCGACGCGGCCGUGCAGCUGCUCGGCCGCGUCGUCAGCCCGGAGGAGGACGAGCUGUGGAGGUCUCUGGGAGAAUGCUGGAACGUCCCCAGGUCCAGGUGGCCUACUGAUAACGUCCCACCGUACAUACCGACGUUCUACGACGGCUGGCAGCCGCCUGCCCCCGUGCGUCGUCCCAACGUCCCGCUGAGCAGGAGCAACAGCCAGAGCUACAUGCCCAGAGCGAUGCAGUGGCAGCCUGAAGCGCCGGAAGCCAGCGGUCCGUGGGGUUCGCCACCACAGUCUCCAAAUAGGGAGCCGCCCCAGCACAUGAGGGUCAUGUAUGACUUCAUGGCCAGAAACAACCAAGAGCUGAGCCUCAUGAAGGGGGAACUGGUUCAGGUGAUUCAAAAAACCAAGCAGUGGUGGCUUGUGCGCAACACCAGUGGUGAGGAAGGGAAUGUCCCUCCAAAUGUUCUGGAGCCCACGCGGGGUCUCGGGUCCACGGAGGAUUUUCCUCGAGACAGUCGCGGCCCAGUGUCUCUGGACAUGAACUCACCGCCUGCACAGGUUAAAGCCUGGUUGGAGUAUAAAGGAUUCUCCAGAAUCACUGUGAGCAGCCUCGGGGUGCUGAGUGGAAAGCUGCUCCUGGGAAUGACCAAGGAGGAGAUGAGGACGGUGUGUCCGGAGGAGGGAAGCAGAGUCUUCUUCCAGCUUCAGGCCAUUAAAUCAGCCAUUGCACUCGCCAGUGAACCACCAGGCAUGUACAACGCCCGCUACUGAUUCGUCCAGUGACUUUGCAGAGGCAACGAAUGAACCUGUGAUUGAAAUUUAAGUAAAAUUGUUCUUGUAAUUGAAUAAGUUUUAAAAAUGUAGUUUUUAAACGGUUUUGUUCUAUUCAACCAUGUUUCUCUCAGUAACUUGUUAACCAGGUUGUGUCGUUACAUUCUCCUCAGCUGCAGUAACUUUUAUACAGUCAGUAUAGUGUGUUGUGCAUAAUGGAGACGGUGAAGAUGAAAUGAACAGGACAAAGUCAAGAUUCAGAUUAGAAUUACUUUAGUCAAAAUCUUGUUCAAAUGUAAAAACAAAAUUAAGUGCUUUAAGCCAAAUUAAAGUUUCCUCAGUGAAGCUUUUUUUUUUUUUUUUUUUUU